AUGUCUGGCGGUAGUGGCGGUAGCAGGAAUGAGUGCAGAAUAUACGUUGGUAACUUGCCCCCUGAUAUAAGGACAAAGGACAUCCAAGACCUAUUUUAUAAAUUUGGCAAAGUAACAUUUGUUGAUUUAAAAAACAGAAAGGGACCACCAUUUGCUUUCGUCGAAUUUGAAGACCCACGUGACGCGGACGACGCGGUGCGGGCGCGCGAUGGCUAUGACUAUGAUGGGUAUCGGCUGCGCGUGGAGUUCCCGCGUGGUGGUGGUGGCGGCGCGCGCGGCGGUCGCUCGCAGCCCGAGCGCGGGCCGCGCCCCGCCGCGCGCGGCCCGCCUGCCCGCCGCUCCGAGUACCGCGUGCUCGUCACCGGCCUGCCGCCCUCCGGCUCGUGGCAGGAUCUUAAAGACCACAUGCGCGAGGCGGGCGACGUGUGCUUCGCCGACACCUUCAAGGACGGCACCGGCGUGGUGGAGUUCCUCCGCCACGAGGACAUGAAGUAUGCCGUCAAGAAACUGGAUGACUCGCGUUUUAGGAGUCACGAGGGUGAGGUAUCAUAUAUCCGCGUGAAAGAAGACUAUGGCAACGGUGGAGAUAGAGACAGAUCGCGGUCGUUCUCGCCGCGGUCGCCGACGUACGCGCGGCGCCGCGGCUCGCCCACCUACUCGCCCGUGCGCCGCUCCUACUCGCGCUCCGCCUCGCCGCAGCGCCGCAACUAC